GAGGCUGCAGUUCUCACUACCUAGCUGCCAUCUGAACAGUAUUCUCAGAUCUUUACUGCUGAAAGGGAUCGGUUUUCCUCGGGUGCCAUGAAGGCACUAAUAGCUUUAAUACUGCUUGUUCAGCUUCCAAUUCACAAAGCUGCACCAGCAGCUCCCCCUGCUCCCUUGGGCUGUGAUGACCCAGAAUCUGAAGCAGCAGCUGAAGUUGCUGUGAAUUACAUUAAUGGCCACAGUCGCCACGGAUACAAGUUUGCCUUAAACAGAGUCGAGGAUGUCCGUGUGGUACCGCAGGGGCCAAAUAAUGACAUCAUAUUUCUUGAACUCGAUUUAUUAGAGACCACGUGCCCUAUUCUCAGCCCUACACCUCUUGCAAAUUGCACAGUACGGAGCUUCGCAGAACAUGCAGUUGAGGGUGACUGUGAUGUUAAACUGCAGAAGCUGGAUGGGACAAUAUCUGUACUCGCUAGCAAAUGCCACUCACAUGCAGACUCAAGUGAAGACAUUAGCAAAAUCUGCCCUGACUGUCCACUGCUGGCAAGUCUGAACAACACUGAGGUGUUAGAAACAGUGUCAGCUGCACUCAAUGACUUCAACAGCAAAACCACUGGUCCUUACCUCAGACUCCUUGAGAUUGGAAGAGGGAAAAUACAGUAUCACCCAGCACAUGUUGUUGCUGUUGAGUUUGCUGUGGGUGCCACGAACUGCUCUGCAGAAGAAGCCAAAGUUAAUGUGGGGGCUUGUCAGCUGCUGCCUGAGGAUCAGUCUAAUUUUGGUUUCUGCACAGGAACAAUGGUAAAACUUCCCUCACAGAACCUUCACGUGGACUGCCAGUUGUACGGACACCAGCCUGGAGUUACCUAUGUGCAUGCAGGACAAGAUACAUCAGCAGGACUGCCACCCAGUGCUGUAGGUGUCAGCAACCAUGAUCUCAGGAUUUCCUACCAUAACCCUCUUGCAUCUGAAUCCAGCUCUUCAGAAGUGUUUCGUUCCAUGCUCUCGGCAAAACCUGUAACAAAGAGAGCAGUUGCAGUGGCUGCUCAGCACGACAAAGUACCUCGCCCAGUUGGUUUUGUGCCUCCUCCUCCUCCUCCAUGCCCUGGGAAGAUUCGCCAUUUCGAUAUCUAGGCUGUGCUACAGACAUGAAAUACAGCUGAUUGAAGGAUCAGUGUGCAGCAGCAACAGCAACACACAGACCAUAAUAUCAAGUGCAAAUAGGUGAGACCAUUUGACUCUGAGCCCAAAUGAGUUUCACCCUCCAGAGAACAGAGCCAUGGCCAGAAUCUUGCAAAGACCUGCUCCAAAAUAUAGGUGAUUUCAACAUAUAGCAGUAGUUUUCUCUAUAUACUGGGAUUCUCUAGUUAAAAUACAGAAAAUAUUGUUUCAAUGAAACUGUUGUAAGAGCUAUACAACAGUUGUAGCUUUGUAGAAACACUACCCAAAAUGUUACUUCACAAUAAAAUGUUCAAUGCUUUGGUACCUUC